UUGGAGAGCAGCUGCAUCUGCGCGACGUGGGGCCUGGUCGCAUUUCGGAGGGAGCUUUUGCUGGAGAGAGCUCGAUGGCGAAAAAGAAACUGGGGAGCAUUUUGCGACAAAAGAUGAAAUUAUAGGGUUCUUUUUUACUUUUGAUAAUCAACAAUGAAGGGUCAGGCGAUGACAGGCGAAGCAGCCCUGAUCAGGGCUGUUCAGGCAUUCAACAAGGACACCAACAUCGAAACACUACCAGAAAGACUCGAAAACAUCUGGGAUAUACUAUCAGAGCACCAUGGAGGAAACUUUCACGCCGCCGAGGAAAUGCUCUCGCGAUCACUCCUAAAGCAAAUGGUCGGGAAGACUGAGAAUGCUGAAAGAGUGCGACGAUACUCUCGCACAUGGGACGUCUUGGGUGCCGUGUUUCAGCGCACCCCUCUCUUCUCCCUAGCAAAAUCGCUGGCGGACUGGAAGUUCAUCGGCAUAUUACAACAGACCUUGAGCGAGCUACGAGACAUCGCGGUUGAUGCAGGAUUUAGGCUGGACGAGAUCGAAGAUGUAGAAAUGACCGACGCCCCAGGCCCAGGAAGCCCAUCACCCUCCAGGAAAAGAAAACGGACAGAGACGCUUGUGUUCGACAUAGUGGCGCAACGGACAACAUCGGGGUGCUUACUGGCUGCGAAGGCCCUUCUUGAGGCGCUCAGGAUACUGCUGGCUCGAUGCGAGACCAAGCUGAACGAUGGACCACCAACACACCGGAUGGGCGCUGAGCACGUCAAGUCAUUGUUUUCAUUGUCGGCGACCGAUGCGGCUGAGAUUCUCGGGCCAAUACUGGACUUGUGCAUUGCGGCUCAUACCUGCUUGGAUGAUGCCUCGUACAGAGAGGUGUCUUCAUGGCUGUCUACCCUCAGUUCUAUUUGGGCCUUGCACCUACAAGGCCCAGGCGAUGCUUUAGAGGUUGCGGCGCGUUUGACUUCUUCAGCAACCCUUCUUCUGGGGAUGUUGACGGAUGUGGCAGACCUAGGUUCCCGCAAAAUCCAAAGUCCUACCAAGGAACGCUGGGCAAAGGAUCUUCGUCGGUUCUUGUCCCGUAAUCUGAUGCUUCCUGCCAGGGCGGCUUUCCUCAACAGGAAUGACCGGUCAGUUCUCCAGAGAGCUGUUGAGGCCUGUUCUGCUGGACCACCCCCACGCUUUAUGCGUCGUCCAUCCUCAUCCUUUUUGACUUUCCCAGUCAUUUUUGACUUGGUUGGCCAGUCUCCGCGUGAGUUUGGUGGUAACACCUCCAUCAAGGACUAUGAAACAUGGGUCCAGGCGGUGUUCGAUACCAUGUUCACGACUUCAAAAACCAUCCCCCACCUCAAGGGUCAGGUAGAAAGCGAGGGCAAGUCAGCGAUGCGGAGGGUUUUGGAGGUGGCAACAUCCCGAGACGAAGCUCUUUCAGCGGAGAGCCUCCGGCUGGUGUGCAAGGAAUUUGCCCUUGGCGAGCGUAAGGAUGAUUGGGAUAUACUUUUGUCGAUCGUAAAACUCAACCCCGAUGCGUUUCUGCUCUCGGAGGACGGAAAGGAGCUUCUGAACCAGAUUCUGGAAAAGACGAAAGGUUCAAAUUCUUUGACUGAUGAAGACCGGGAGGUGGCUGUCGAGUUCAUUGCCCUCCUUGCCGAAGGAUAUGCCCAAGCCCGCGACUUGUCUUCGUUUGUCAAGACCUGGCUUCAUUACCUCGAUUCUCCCAAAUCCGAAGGGAAAUUGGACCCCCUGUGGGCACAAGAAGAGCUAGCGGUUACAGUCGCGUCUUUGGUCCAAUUUUCUCUCAAUGCCAAUCAGCUUGCGGAGUUGGUAGCAUGGCUAUCGGAGCAAGAGGCAAGCGCGGCAAGGGUUUUCCUUCUUGAGGCUCUUUCUAGGGGUGUUGCUCGCGAGGAAUUUAUUGAUGCGGCAAACAUGAAGAUUUUUGAUGCUAUCAUGGCUCAGAAGGUCUCCAAGAAGGAUGCCCUUCUCAUCUCUGCUUGCCGUUGGAGUGAUGCUGCCCGGACUCUCGCUGAAUGCACGCUGGAGGAGGCCGGUCGGGUUUGGUCACGGGUCGGCUCACACCUAAAGAAGACUUUGAAGAAGUCGGGGGUGGAUGGGGAGGAUACCUUUGCUGCGUUCGAGUGCUGUGUUGCUGCUUGGCUGUCAAACUAUCUUGAAGGUGCCGAUGAGGAGGAAACGUCUAAAUUGGUCUGCUCCUUCCUUGGGAAACUUGAGGAGGAUGCGAGCUCCGAGUCAAGGAGACGAUAUAUCUCUUGGAUUCUCGAGGAGGAGCCUCGUCUUGUCAGCAUGGUCGUUGACAAGACGGGCAAAGUACCAGAUAUCAUUCUGUCGCUUGUCAAGCCCACACCUGGGGAUGACUCGGCUGGUUUGCGUCAUGCCGCCACAGUUGGCAAAGUUCUGUUGAAGGAAUGCGAUACUGGAAACCAGAAGCUCACUGAUACUCUGAUCGACACCGUCAUCAAAGUGAUUGAAGAGUCUGAGGCCGGGACGUUUCAACCAUCAACCAAGGAUGCUGUUCUGUUCCUGCUCAAUGCGCCUAUGGAAACCCUUAGCCGCAGCCAGCGGGAAGCCACGAUGAAGACGUUGAUCAGCCACGUUCCACAAACCUCGAACAAGGCGGGACCACUUGGGGUAGACUACUGGGAGCCAGUGCUCUCCUUGAUGGUCAAACUAAUGAACGAGCCAACCUUCUAUGACGGGAUGAGCUUCAGCCAUUUGGAAACUGUUGGGGCAGGUCUUGUUUUAACGACGGGUAAUGAUGCCGAAGUUCAGCGCCUCUUCUCUUUGUUGUACGACCUGGCUGUGUUGACUAUCCGACAAAUGGCAAGCGGAAACCUUGAUUCGAGGGAGAAGACAUACCUCUCUGAUGCCAAGGCGGUGCUUCAGGAGAAGACAGCUGAUGGCGAUACUGUCGUGCGUCUCGUUCUUCUGCGCGCCUUUCUCGCGACUGUCCAAGAGUCCAAGACUGCCCCAAGGCUGGAGAAGGCUGGUCUGGACUUCAGCGGCCUUGGAGAUGACCUAUUCCAGAUGGCUUCAUCCGUUGCGACAGCCGGCAAAUGGCGUGGAAAGAAACUACUGGCUCUUCUGUUCGCGUUGUCUGCUCUUGACAGUAUGGGACGCGAUUCUGUCAAGCAAGCGGUCGCCUCUGCCGUGAAGCCACUCGUCAAGACUAGCGACAAGCUGGUUGACGAAGGCAUCCAAGCUGGUUGGUCCAUCCGCAUGUUCUUGGCAGACCACUUCCUCGAAUCCCUCGAGUCCCCAUUCCAAAUCGAGCUCGACAUGGAGAUUUCCGAGACUGGCGAGGUCAUCAAGUCCGCCAUCGAAGUCCCAGUUCUCCGCAAAUACGUCGACGCCGUAGUCCGCCACGCCGACGAACCCAUCAAACUCCAAUACCUCAAAGACCUCCUCCUCACCAAACCCCCCAGCCGAAACGAACUCCUUGGCCGUCUCCUCAUCAUCGACCAAUUAAUCCACCACCUCAAGGGUUCUAAACCAUCCUCUUCCUCCUCCGAAUUCGACCUCCCCCAAGCCCACGCCAUCCUCACCAAAUCCCUCCCCGCCCUCACCACCCUCCCGCACAUAAUCCAAACAACCAAAACAAUUUUGUUUCUUCUCGACCACUCAACAAUGAAACAGUUCAACAUCGACCUCACCCUCUCCCGCGUCUCCCUCCUCGCCAACUCCUCCUCUUUCCAGACCCUCCUCGCUUCCCAAUCCCAACUCUACCUCCCUUUGUGCUCCCUCCUAGAAGUAGUGAUAAAACGUCACCGCCACCGCCUCGAGGGCCACUUCCACAUCGUCCUCUCCCCCCUUCAGGACCUCCUCCGGUUACUCCUCUCCAAGUGCGACUCCUCCCCACAGUGGGAGAAGAACGCCCAGCGAUUCUCCCGACUCCUCACGCUUAUCUGCGAGCCCACUGCAGCUACCACCGCGCAGACAAAUCACACUGUCCUCGAAUCGGAAAAGGACAGGGCGAAGAGGUAUGCGGGGCAGUACAUGUAUUUGGUGUUGAUGCAGUACAUCAAGUGCCAGCUGGAGUAUGUUGCUCCGCCGCACGCGAUUAAGGAAGUGCUGGAGAAGGAGGGGAUGUAUGCUAUCAUUAGGAUUACGAGCCAGGAGGGGUUGAAGAUUAUGAGUGAGGGGAUGGAUGGUGGGGGGAGGGUGGUGUUUAAGGAGUUGUGGAGGAGGUGGGAGAGGUUUGGGAAGUGGACUGGUGUGUAGUGUAGGUUUGUUGCGGGAGAGGGAGUUGAUGGAAAAUGUACAUACCUGGUUCUGUUGUUCAUAUGGGUAUUAUGCAGAAGGAAGUUCGUGUGUGUUUGACUUCAUUUCAUGCGUGUGGCGAUAAAGGAUAGACGUGCCAGGU